AUGUCCACCUCCAACACCACCUUCAGCGGCCCCACCCCUGCCCUCCUCGCCACUCUCCCUCGGUCCAUGAGCAUGUCCUCUGCCUCGUCCGUCUCGUCCACCUCCAGCGUCUACUCCCGGACCGCGGAUGAUCUCAUCGAUCGGUUGGCUGCCCAGGAUCCCCACUCGACCCUCCACCUCUGGUCCGCUGGCAACAUCCGUCUCUCGUCCGGCCGAGACUUGACCGUACCCAUCCAGGAGUCCACGGAGCUUAUCAAAGCCAUGCAGCGGGACGCCAGGUUUGAGCUCGUCGGCGUACACCACUAUGGCCACGACGAGGACGACUGGAAGAUCUCCUUCCGCCGUACGACCAUCAUCUAUGCCCCCUCCUCCCCUUCUCUCUCCGACUCGGAGUGA